UUUCUCUGCUCUGCUGUGCCAUUGCGUAACUCCAACAGGCCGAGAUGGUGUUACCAGAAUAUGCACCGCUGGUGUGUGUGAAUUGUAAGAAGCGUAAAAAGAGAUGUGAUAAGAUGCUUCCGUCCUGCAGUUACUGUAUCAGAAAAGGACUGGACUGCCGAUAUGUUUCACAGCUUCCCAGAGAGCCUUCUCCAAGCUACACCGUCCCGCUGGGGAAAAGUGCCGAUCUAGAAUGCAUCCAUCCAAUUACACGUUCUUCGUUCCUGCUUAUGGACUCGGUCUCUAGUGAGAGGCCGUCGGAUGUUAUAACCUUGGGGCCGCUGAUGGACCCGACAGCAAUUGAUACGACCUUGUAUCUGCAGGCCCGUCGGAUCAUACAAAUGACAAAUCAAUUUGUUGAUGAUAUUAGCGUGCGUUAUUUUCAGGGAAUCCACCGCCAUCUCCCUGUUGUUUCUCGUAAACGAUUUCACGACUAUCUCAUUUACGUUGGAGGCCCCCCUCCAGCGAGCUUCUCCGCUCUCCUGCUCAGUAUCUGCUUGGUGACAUACCACCCUGAGAUUUUGCCCCGGAGUCUGCAACAUAUCAGCCGUGAAUCUCUCUACCUGACUAUCAAAUUGCUUUUUACUCAAGUACAAGCGACCUUCCCGCCUUCUGUUCAUUUAAUCCAGGCCGGCGUUCUUUUGGCGCUGUAUGAAUAUGCACGCGGGAAGCCGGAUGAUGCAUUCCUAUCUAUUACUAGCUGUGCACGGAUGGGGUACGCUGCGGGUCUCCACCAUGAGCGGCCGACAGUCUUUCAUACCUUCAAAGAGGAUGAAGAAGCGGCUAAUACAUGGUCAUACAUCAUCAUUUUAGAACGGUUGUUUUCUUGCGACAUAUCAGCACAAGGCCAGCCAUUCGCGACAGAUAGCUUCAACCAUGCUCCACAAAUACUGCCAGAGCAUAAUGAAUAUGGCGACAAGUUAUCGCACUUCCUUGCGGCUCCAGUAUCAAUUGAGAUGAGAGGCCUGGGGUACUCUGUCCGAGCAGCGUGGCUCUUGGACCAAGUCUUGACGGCCACCAAAUCGUCUUAUUUAGAUAUACAACUAGGCCAAUUAGAUGAGCUUGAUACCUCAUUGCGGGCCUUUUUGGAGUAUCUCCUUCCACAAUGUCAGGGUGUUUGGGGCGUGUUUUGUGGGGGCAUUGGGAUUGCUAUCAGGGCUCUAUUCAUGCUACACUGGCAUAUAUUAGGCCAACUGACACAGCCAGGUUCUGUUAAAUGGGAAGAGCGGAAAAGAAGAUCUAAUGAUACCUUGGACACCGUCACUAAUAUGGUGAUUGACAUUGCCGGCUCACAUGUGAACAUGUCACCGCAUUUGAUUGAUUUGCUACCCCCGAGCUGUGUAUAUAUUACUCGGGCAGCGUUGAAGCAUAUUCAUGAUAAUGCGGCUCUGAAGUAUGAAAAGUGGCUUUGGGAGACAGACAAGCAGCUAGAGAUCUUAUUGGAUCAGUUUGGUCAUCGGUGGGGCUUUGAUACAAGUUCCAUGGAGUUGGCAGUAUAGUUUAUAUGAUCU